AAAUUCCUUCAGCUUCCACCUGAGGCUUCACCUGGAUAUUAUCCCCAGUUGAAUGGACAGUUGGAUGAGCUUGGCUUGGCAGACCUGCCACAAACAUACUUCGUUCGGCACUUGAAGCCUGCAGAUUCCACGUACACCAUGACCCAUCAUCGUCCACUCCCGAAAAGACAUGCUUGGCUUGGUCGUCUUCAUAUGAGAGAUAUCAGAGAGAGUAAAGCCAAUCCGUUCAGCCGAAGCGUCCGUCCAUGAAUUGAGGACGGUGCUGAAGUACGUUUAUGUUAUACUUAGGAUGUCGUCGUGCAUGACGCUUGAAAUUUGAGAUACAGGGUGAAACCGUCAGUCUUGAGAAUAACAACGAAAGUUACAAAAUGCCGAAACCAACGCCCGAAAUCGAAAAGGGCACCGUGGUUCUUCAUCAGUUCGACAGAGCCCGGGCUUGCCCCAGUCCGUCUCCGUUUCCAAUCAAACUCGAGACCUUUCUACGUAUGGCCAAAAUCAAGUAUGUGAAUGACUUCAAGACUCCCAUGAGUGACAAAGGGAAAAGCCCGUGGAUCACUUUGGAUGGAAAAGCCGUGGCUGAUUCUCAGUUGGCCAUGGAAUAUCUUCAGGACCACUUCAAGGUGGAUCUCUCGGCUCAUUUGAGCCCAGAGGAGAGGGCCAUAAGCCGUAGCAUGCGUGCCAUUAUGGAAGACCAUCUAUAUUUCACUUAUGCCAUGGAAAGAUGGGUGUUCCACAAGGGAAAAUAUGUCAAAGAGUUUUUCGCCCCUUUUCCUGCGCCCAAAUUCCUUCACGGACUCAUCAUAAAGAGUGUGUCCAGAAAUUUAAAGAAGCAAUGUGUUGGACAAGGCUUGGGACGUCAUUCUCAGGACGAACAAGAGAAAAUGGCCCUGGAAGAUGUGAAAAGCCUUUCGGAUUAUUUGGGAGAUAAACCCUAUCUCAUGGGAGACAAACCAACCGAGAUCGAUUGUGUCCUUUUUGGAUUCAUUUGCAUGGGGAUUUAUGCCACACCCAAGCAUUCAAAGUAUCAUAAGUGGAUGAUGGAGGACUUUCAGAACUUGAAGGCCCACAACGAUCGCAUGAAAGAAAAGUUCUGGCCAGAUUGGGACGAAUGCAAAUGGACCGAAAAAUGAGUCUUGCAAAUUCAAAAAUCUAAUUCUACAUUUGCAUGACGACAUUGGGUUUCAUUGUAAUGAAUAAACACCAGAAGAAAGAGGAGCCAAAAUGUGCCAUAAAAGUAAACACUAAUGCAAUAUCAACUUUUAUUCCUUGAUUAUAG